CAGAGAACUUAUUGACUGGUAGUAUUCCGAGUUGGAUUGGUGGACUUUCAAACUUGAGUUAUCUUCUGUUAAGCAACAACUUCCAAGGGAUGAUCCCAAUGGAGUUAUGCAACUUGAAACACUUAAGUGUGAUUGAUCUUUCUCAUAACAAUCUUUCUGGUCAGAUUCCCCCUUGCCUAAAACUUACCACCCUUAGGGAUUUAGACUAUGUUAUUGUCACUAUGUCUGGAUCUAGUGUAUUCUCCUUGAAUGUACCAAUAGAUUUUUUAAUGAAAAAUGGGUACAACUCUUACAAGGGAAGAAUCAUACCACUGGUGUCUGGAAUCGAUCUCUCUUGCAACAAACUGGUUGGUGAGAUUCCUCCUCAAAUUGGAAACUUUCACAAGAUGCUUGGGUUGAAUCUAUCUCACAACAGUUUGACAGGAUCAAUCCCACCAACAUUUGCUAAUUUGAAGCAAAUCGAAAGUGUAGAUCUUUCCUACAACAAAUUGACUGGGAAUAUCCCUUCUCAACUUGUGGGGUUAACUUUCAUGUCUACUUUCAAUGUGUCGUUCAACAACUUAUCUGGAAGGAUACCAUCAAGAGUUGCACAAUUUGGAACAUUCGAUGUAUUCAGCUACUUGGGAAAUCCUUUUCUUUGUGGUGAACCAUUGGCAAAGUGCGCGGAUACUGGAUCACCACCACCAAAGCCAAAUUCAACAACUGAAAAUGAUGAUGACUAUGGUUUAAUCGACAUGGGGGCGUUUCGUGUGACUGUCAUCGCGUCUUACACAGUGAUGUUUUUGGUUGUUCCUAUUGUGCUGUACAUAAAUCCCUAUUGGAGACGAGCCUGGUUCUAUUAUGCAAAGACGGUCGCCACUUCCUGCUACUAUUUUGUGCUUGACAAUGUUCUGCCCAGACAGUUUCAUUGUAGAAAUUAG